ACCGUGAGGCAUCUUCUGACAGUUGGUUUCAGCCUCUGCUGUGGUUGGUGCUGGGCUGUGUGAGGGAGGCCAUUUCUCUCGUGGGAAUUGAGGAUCCAUUCGAGAACUCACAGGAACGGAGCUGAAUUUCAGCCCUUUCGCCAACACCAUGAAGAAAACUGCAGAGACCCUUCCGACGUCCACUCAGGAGAGCUUAAAGAAGGAGAUCGGUACCCUAAAAGAGAGAGUGGCCAACCGUGAGGCUGAAAAUCAGAAGAUCAUGAUAGAAAUCGAGGGCAUUAAGAAGGAGAACAAGAACUUGGAAGAGAGAAUCGAUUGCUUGACAAGCAUGGUGAAGGUCUUGGAAAAGGAAGAGAAAGAACUUCGGGAGCUGCUCCGAGAACGGGAAGACACGCGGGCGGCUCUGGAGGCCCAAAACCAGACGUUGGCCGAGACCAACAAGGUCCUCCUCUCCGAAAUCCAGGCGGUCUCCCACGACCUCAUCCGGUUUCAGGAUUACCGAGCUAGUCGAGACCAGAACAUGUCGCGUAUGAAGCAAGUCUUGGAGCAAAUCGUGGGGUACUUCGGACAGUUGGAAGGGGCGAUCGAAACGGCCGAGCUGCGCUACGCGGACCAGAAGAAGCAGUCUGCCGAGCUGAGGAGCACCAUGGAUCAACUCCAGAAGAUCUGCGACGUGCAGGAGAACGAGAUCCUGUGCCUGGAAGAGCAGUUGGAGCCGUUCUCCUUCGAGGAACGCGGAGGUGGAUCUCUGUUGCUGGGAGGGUCCCUCCCUGCUGUUCGAGAUGGUGCAGGCCAAGCUGAAUCUAGACCCCCAAGCGUUAAGGGAGACCCUCUUUUUGGUCUUAUCCAAAGGGGCCUGGGUGCUGGUGGGUCUAGUCAUCGGCCUGAUGUUUUCAAAAAUGAUCCUCUGCCUGAUGGAGACUUGGUGCUUCAGAAGACGACGCUGAAGUUUGCGUCUUUCUCGGACAUCCUGUCCUCGUAUCACGCCCGGAAGAUGAGAAAUUUGAUUGUCUUUUUGAGCCAGAGUCCCGGAGAACAAUGUCGAAACCUAGUCACUAAAGGAAAAAAAGGGAGCUCCGUUUCUACCUGCGGGAAUUGUUAGGCAUUUCUGUCAUUCAAAUAAAUGCACAGGUGUGGAAUAGGUGG